CAGCUUGAACAUGUCGAACUUAGUGCUGAUGUUGGUGCUCAGGGGUCUGAUAUGGGGCGUGUCGUACAUGCAAAAUGGCAAUGGUGUUAAAGAAGCGCGAAACGAGGAUUCGACCUCGACCGCGGUCGAGGGACUGUUCCAGGACAUGGUGACUGAAACUGAUGUGAUGCUGUUCCUCGGAUACCUGGUAGCCGAUGAGUCGGGUCGAUACGAAUGUCUGAACCGCGUGGCGUGUGAGCAACCGGAGCGAGCCGAGAGUUAUCUCAGGACGGCUGAAAUGGUCUGGAAAACCGCGAAAAUGUUUGACGGUGUGAUACCGUUAGACGCGAAGUACGAGAAAACUCUGAUUAGAUUGCAAGAAGCCAUCGAGAACGGAUUGGCAGUCGGGGAUUGCGAGUCGAAAUACAAAUGCUUCGGUCCGACUGCUGCCGAUAACUUCAAAAUCUAGCUGAAUUGAAUUAAAGAGACGCAUCUACUUGACUACCAAACUACCUACUAAUCUAACCUUCAUCGCAUUUAAAUAUAAUUAUUAUUUGUGUAAAUGUGGAAUUAAGUCUGAUCGACGGCGACGCACAUGCCGAGCGCAAUCUGCGGAUACCUAAACAUAAACUUUUUAUAUUAUUUUAUGUAUACAUAGUUGGUAAAUAUGUAAUCACUAAUUAACAUUGUUUUAUGGUAAUUUUCUAUAAUAUUUAUAAUAUUAUCCGACAAAAAACUUUGUUAAUAUUAUUAUUAUUACCUAUAUUAUU